AUGUCUUCUUCCCACCCCGGCUGGACCGCCUAUACAUACUACCCUUCAUUGGCGGCUGCGGCAGUAUUCAUAGUCUGCUUUGCAAUCGUCACUUUACUACACACAUUCCAUUUAUUCCGCACGAGAACAUGGUUCUUCAUCCCGCUCGUGAUCGGCGGAUACUUUGAGCUCGUUGGAUAUAUUGGUCGCGCCAUGUCAGCAAAACAAUCGCCUAAUUGGACCAUUGGACCCUAUGUCAUGCAAAGCACAUUGUUGCUAGUCGCCCCGGCACUGUUCGCAGCGAGUAUUUACAUGGAGUUGGGUCGGAUCAUUGUUAUGGUCAAGGGCGAGCAGUUUGCUUUGAUUCGAGUUGGGUGGAUGACCAAGAUAUUCGUUGCGGGUGAUGUGUUGAGUUUCUUAAUGCAGGCGUCUGGCGCAGGAAUCAUGGUCACCGGAUCGUCAAACUCCACAAGCACCGGUCAGAAUGUCAUUAUCGGCGGCCUCAUUGUGCAAAUCGUCUUCUUCGGAUUCUUCCUCAUAAGUGCGGUCAUCUUCCAGCAACGCAUGGGCUCCCACCACACUGGUCAUGCGGUGGCAGAUCAAUAUCCCUGGCGCAAGCAUAUGUGGGCAUUACACUCGUCCAGUAUGUUCAUUCUCAUUCGGUCUAUCGUUCGUGUCGUAGAGUAUGUCCAGGGCACAGAGGGUUACCUCAUGAGCAAUGAGGUUUUUAUUUACGUCUUUGAUGGGAUGUUGAUGUUUGCGGUGAUGGUCAUUUUCGUGAUCGUUCACCCUAGCGAGGUGAAUUAUCUCCUUGGUAGGGGAAGAGUCGUAACGGCUAUGGGCGGCUUGAAGGUCAUGGAGGGUUCAGGUGCGGUUUAG